AUGGGCCCCUGUACCGCCUCCCCAUGCUGCUGCCAGGCCCGUAAUCUGCCAUGGGCCCCCUGUACCGACUCCUCAUGCUGCUGCCAGGCCCGUAAUCUGUCAUGGGCCCCUGUACCGCCCGCCUCCUGCUGCUGCCAGGUCCAGAGUGUGUCAUGGGUCCCUGUACGGCCUCCCAUUGCUGCUGUCUCUAUCGCCACACUCUGCCAUGUGCCACUUUCAGGUCUCCUCACACUGCUGGUGGUUUCCAUUUUUGUCAUAGGGUGCUGUAUGGCCUCCCAUUGCUGCUGCCUCCACCGCCACACUGUGGCUCCACACUCUGGUUUUUGGCCCCGUGACUGCCCAAAUGAGUGAAGUGUGUCUCUUCCCCAGCAGACUCCAAGGGCAUUUAAAUUAAAGGUACAGUGUUCUGCACUAAUAUUUAAGUCUCUCUGAAGCCUAGAAACACCCUUUUUUAAGUUAAAUUCACAGCG